AUGUCCGCGACGCCAGAAAUAGUUAAAAAUGGUUCCGCUGGCUUUAUAAGACCCACCAAGCGGCAAAUAAGGCCUGAGGAAGAUGUGGAAGGGAGGCUCAGGGAUGUGAUAGAAGAGCGGCCAGGAGACAUUUGUACAUAUUUGGAGCUGGCGAGACUGCUGCAAUCCAGAGACCAGCAGGAAGAAGCGCGCGGUGUAUUUGACCAAUUGCAUGAGCGCUUCCCACUUUUUUCUCCUCUGUGGACGGUGGAGGUGGGCUACGAUCUCGAAAGAGAUGAAUUCUCGCACGCGGGAAGCCUUCUUACCCGAUGCUUGUCCGGGACCCUGGAGAACAAUGACCUUGGUUUAUGGUUUAUGUAUCUGGACUUCGUCCGUAGAAAAAACAAUUUAAUUACGGGAGGAGAGGAGGCGCGCGGCGUGGUCCUCAAAGCCUUCGAUGCCGUGGCGACAAAGUGCGCCAGCUGGGAGCCUCGGUCUUCUGCGUUUUGGAAUGAAUACCUUUCGUUCCUAGAGCACUGGAAGCCCGUAAGCAAAUGGGAGGAGCAGCAACGCAUUGACCUUACAAGGUCUUUGUACAAGCGCAUGCUGUGCAUUCCAUUUGACGGGCUUGAACGUUCGUGGAACAAGUACACACAGUGGGAACAAGAGGUCAAUUCGCUGACUGCAAGAAAGUUCAUCGGUGAGCUUUCAGCUAAUUAUAUGAAGGCGCGGUCUUUAUACAGAGAAUGGAACAAUAUUACCAAAGGCAUAAAGCGGGUCUUGCCUUCUCGCUUGUCGCAGUGCUCCAAGCAGACAAUUCCCCAACCAGGAGAGUAUCAAGUCGAACAAAUACAUCUAUGGAUGGACUGGAUUAAGUGGGAACUCCAAAACAAGCUCGACCUUCCUGACGAAUUUCAUUCGCAAAGAGUUGACUACGUCUACAAACAGGCUAUUCAACAUCUCUUGUUUUCACCUGAGAUUUGGUACAACUAUUCAAUGUAUGCCUCCCCAGAAAAUGCGCGGGAAAUUUUAAUACAGGGUUUGAAAGCCAGUCCUGGGUCAACAACUUUAACUUUCAAGCUUUCAGAGCACUUUGAGCUUCAAAACGAGGUGGAACAAAUGCAGAAGUGUUUUGAACGUUGCAUUGACCAUUUGGUGUUGGAAUACCACAUAAUGAGCGAUGAGGGGCAAGAGACCUACAGUCAAAGACAAAAGAUCACUUUUGUUUACUGUAUAUACAUGAACGCGAUGAAAAGGGUAUCCGGUCUUUCAUCUGCGCGCAAAGUUUUUGGCAAGUGCCGUAAACUCAAAGACUUGCUGACACACGAAAUAUACAUCGAAAACGCUUACUUGGAAUUUCACAACAAUAAUGACCAUAAAACUGCAUGCAAGGUCCUGGAGCUAGGACUAAAGUACUUUUCGAGUAGUGGAGAGUACGUUAACAAGUACCUAGAUUUCCUGAUUUUAAUUAACCAAGACGGCCUAAUCAAACCGCUUUUCGAAAGUUCCCUAGACAGAAUAAUCGAUCUUGAUGAAUUACAGAGGAUUUACAAGAAAGUGAUAAAUUACGAGUCCAAGUUCGGAAACCUCACAAAUGCAUAUUCUAUCGAAAACCGAUUUUUUGAGAAGUUCCCACAACUAGAGAAGAUCGAAGUUUUCACGGACCGCUACCAAGUUCAGAAUGCCAACUUAAUAAAGUCACUGGAGCUCACCUAUCUGCCAAGUGACAACGACUUUAGGUUUGGUUCAUUCAACGAAACUAAUGGGGGCCUCAAAAGGUCUCGCGGACUCUCACAAUCCGGAGAUUCAGCUGCACAAAAGAGGCACAAGUCUCAGGAUUUUGUUCCAGAAAAUGUCCUCGAUCUUCUGAGACUGUUACCCAAACGCCAAUACUUCAAAACCGCGGUUCUGGAUGCCGAAAAAUUGACGCGUUACCUAAUUGAAAACGUAAAUAUACCAUCAAGCGACAAUGGCACUGCUGCGUAA